CCUAAAUAUGUAAAUAUAGUAAAGCGUAAAUACGUAUUUUCUCCAUCUCUAUCUCCAAGUCCGAGCUCUACCCCGCCUGGCUCAGUUUCUGUAAAGUGACAACCAAGUAAAAGUGUGUCCAGCCGGGCAACUCCGAUGCCCCAGGGGACCGCGCCAGGCACCCAGGAACAUAGGACAGCUAAGUGCCCCAGGGUGGCAGGCGGAGGUGGGGGCGCGAGGGGCUCCAGAGCCGGCUGCACCUUCGGGGGGCCGGGACCCCCGCCUGGCGCCCGCCCAUCCGUCUCCAGACAUCGGGCGCUCGGCGCCCCCUCCGCCGGGGUCCUGCCAAGAAUCCUUGGCGGAGGAGGGAUGCCCAGUGGCCUUCUGGCAGGUCUGGACGAGCCCCGCCUGGGCCCAAGUGUGCAGAGGAUGGAAACACUCCCCCGGCAAUGUCUCUGGGCCGCCUCCUUCGCCGGGCCUCCUCCAGAGCCUCGGACCUCCUGACCCUCACCCCGGCUGGCAGUGGCGGGCCCCCCUCCGUCCUGGAUGGGGAGAUCAUCUACUCCAAGAACAAUGUCUGCGUGCACCCGCCCGAGGGGCUGCAGGGGCUGGGGGAGCACCACCCAGGCUACCUGUGCUUGUACAUGGAGAAGGACGAGCUGCUGGGGGCCACCCUCAUCCUCGCGUGGGUGCCCAACUCUCGGAUCCAGAGACAGGAUGAGGAGGCUCUGCGUUACGUCACCCCCGAGAGCUCCCCUGUGCGCAGGGCACCCCGCCCACGGGCCCGCCGCACACAGAGCUCGGGGACCCCCCACCAGCCCUCCCCCACGGAGCCAAGGCCCACCCUGAUCCCCAGAGAUGAGGACAUCCUGGUGGUGGCCCAGAGCCUCCGGGACACCGUGCAUAUCAGCCCUUCCCUGGAGGAUGGAGAGAAGCUGGCCCAGGGCCUGGGGAUGGAUGGCCCCCUCGCGGCCUCGCAGCCAGCCCACAGUGACUCUGGGAUCUUGUCCACCAUCAGUUCGCAGGAUGGGACCGAGGAGGGGAGGGAGCUGCGGCCCGAGGCGGGCGAGGAGGAGGGCUCCUUGGAGUUGUCAGCCGACGGUGUGAGCAGGGACAGCUCCUUCGACUCGGAUUCUGACGCCUUCUCUUCGCCCUUCUGCCUCUCGCCCAUCAGCGCCGCCCUUGCGGAGAGCAGCGGCUCUGUGUUCCUGGAGAGCGAGAGCAGCAGCUCCCCCUCCAGCGCGGACGCCCACCUGCGCUUCUCGGACAGUGACGGCCUCCUGCAGACCCCGCGCUGGGACGAGCCACAGCGGGCGUGUGCCCUGGAGCAGAUCUGUGGCGUGUUCCGUGUGGACCUGGGGCACAUGCGCUCCCUCCGCCUGUUUUUCAGCGACGAGGCCUGCACCAGUGGCCAGCUGGUGGUCGCCAGCCAGGAGAGCCAGUACAAGGUUUUCCACUUCCACCACGGGGGCCUGGACAAGCUGUCGGACGUGUUUCAACAGUGGAAAUACUGCGCCGAGACGCACCUCAAAGACCAGCAGGUCGCCGACGAAAAGACGUGCAUGCGGUUCUCCAUCCGUCGGCCCAAACUGCCCUCGUCCGAGACGCACCCCGAGGAGAGCAUGUACAAGAGGCUGGACGUCUCCGCCUGGCUGCGCCACCUGAACGAGCUGGGCCAGGUGGAAGAGGAGUACAAGCUGCGCAAGGCCAUUUUCUUCGGCGGCAUUGAUGUGUCAAUCCGGGGGGAGGUCUGGCCCUUCCUGCUGCGUUAUUACAGCCACGAGUCCACGUCGGAGGAGAGGGAGGCCCUGCGGGUGCAGAAGCGGAAGGAGUACGCGGAGAUCCAGCAGAAAAGGCUCUCCAUGACUCCCGAAGAGCACAGAGCCUUCUGGCGCAAUGUGCAGUUCACCGUGGACAAGGAUGUGGUUCGCACAGAUCGGAGCAACCAGUUCUUCCGAGGCGAAGGCAAUCCCAACGUGGAGAGCAUGAGGAGGAUCCUGCUGAACUACGCCGUGUACAACCCGGCCAUCGGCUACUCCCAGGGCAUGUCGGACCUGGUGGCACCCAUCUUGGCCGAGGUCCUGGACGAAUCAGACACCUUCUGGUGCUUUGUGGGUUUGAUGCAGAAUACCAUCUUCGUCAGCUCUCCUCGGGACGAGGACAUGGAGAAACAGCUGCUGUACCUGCGGGAGCUGCUUCGGCUGACGCACCUACGCUUCUACCAGCACCUGGUCUCGCUGGGGGAGGACGGCCUGCAGAUGCUCUUCUGCCACCGCUGGCUCCUGCUGUGCUUUAAACGGGAGUUCCCUGAGGCCGAGGCGCUGCGAAUCUGGGAGGCCUGCUGGGCCCACUACCAGACAGAUUACUUCCAUCUUUUCAUCUGUGUGGCCAUCGUGGCCAUCUACGGGGACGAUGUCAUUGAGCAGCAGCUGGCCACCGACCAGAUGCUCCUGCACUUUGGAAACCUGGCCAUGCACAUGAACGGGAAGCUCGUUCUCAGGAAGGCCAGGAGUUUGCUGCAUCAGUUUCGUCUCCUGCCUCGAAUCCCGUGCAGCCUGCACGACUUGUGUAAGCUGUGUGGGACCGGUAUGUGGGACAGUGGUUACAUACCCGCUGUAGAGUGUACAGGCCACCACCCAGGGUCAGAGAGCUGUCCUUACGGGGGCACAGUGGAGAUGCCUUCACCCAAGCCCCCCAGAGAGGGCAAGAAGGGCCCAAAGACACCUCGGGACGGCUUCAGUUUCCGUAGAUAGGUUGGGCUCCCUGCGCUGGACGAGGGUCGAGGGGACCUCGCUGGAGGUCCUGAGCAUGUUGGGGGGGGGGUGGGGAUGGGCAUGGAAGGGACAGGGGAUGGUAGAAACGUAAGGAAAAUGCCUUUGGGCACCAUGAAGGGUAGCUUUUCAUAUUAACGACAAAAAGAGAGUCCGGAAGUGACAGAAGUGAAACCCGCAAGCCACCCAGAGAAAAGCCAGCUCCUGAAACAGGCACCAAAACACACGGCCACUCCACCUGGGGACCAGGCUGGCUGGGUCUCUCGUGGCCUGCCUUUGAUGGCUCUCCACACAUCCCAGGAACUCCUCCAGCGUCAUUAGCACUGAACAGAGAAGCUGGGGGCUUUUCACCCUUUCCGUGUAAACAUUUUAUACUGCUGGUGAGUGAAGGAAAGUGCCUGCACAUGAACCUGAGCCACAGGCUGUUGCAACAGUAUCGGAUUCCUGUCCUUUAGUUGGGGAAUUUCUAUGUGAGGUUCUUCGGUAUUGUUUAAAGUCAACCACACUAAAUACAGCAACCAGCUGGGGGCUGGGUGGGUCGAGGGAUGUGUGCACGUGCACACACACAAUCCUCUGGAGAGAGUCUGCAGGGUUGAAGGAAGUGAUAGUGUAUUAACUGACCAACCAGGACAAAGGCACCCACAAGCAGGUAGAAGGACCCCCGUGUCCUGCAGUGUCGGCCGUCUCCUGUCAACGUGGGUCUUCUAUAAAUCAGCUUCUCAGGGGGCUGGAUGUAAGAGUGACCACAGGUCGGUAGCCAGCACUCAGGGCGCCUUCUGCUUUCUGUGUGGGAACCGGCUCUUCCCAACACGCUCUCCUUCCCCCAAAAGAUUGAUGUAAGCCAUUUGCACAGAAAGCUGCUUUUUGCACUGGUGGGAGCAAGGAGACUUGAAUCCUCCUGCACCUCCUUGUGGGGAGAAAAGUCCUUGAAGUGCUGAGAGCACCGUGGACACAGCCCUGACUGAGGCGUCUUCCUGCUGAGCUUUUCUCUGGAGAAUGAACGCUGCUGGAUGGGGCCACUCUAAAAAGAAGCUUAUCAACAGGAAAGAGGAAGUCCACGGCCUCCUCCCUCAGCUUCUCUUCUCUCCAUGAGCCCCAGUCCUCCAGCAGGCAAAGAGACUAAGGCUGGUGCUUCCCGGUCCCUCUGUCCAAAAGCCUUUUGGGGAGCCCAUCCUGGAGCCCAUCAGUGCUCAGCUCUUGAGGUCCUGACCGCUACAGUCCAGUGGCAGGGUCCAGGCUGGUUGGGGGUGCGCUUCUCCUCUGCUCUGCUUCUGGGAAAGGAGGAUUGCCUUUCUGUGUUGGCUCCUGAUCUGUUAUGGAAAUGGCUUGAGUUAGCCAGGCCAUAUGCACCCCAUCCUCUAGAAACCACACCCCCAUGAACAGACGUAUCAGUUAUCCAUCGCCGCAGUAAUGCCACAUAACAAAAAGCCCCCAAACCUAGUAGUCUCAAACAGCACGUGCUUCUCUGGCGCAUGAGUCUGCGGCUCAGCAGUUUAGGCAGGGUGGUUCCACUCUUGAUUGGGCUUGCUCCUCUCUCUGGGCUCAGCUCGCUGCUAAGGCCCAGUGGGGUGCUCACCUGUGUUGAGGUCAGCCUUGGUACCGCCCUGUGUUCUUCGCAUCCCUCCUGCGGGCUGCUCCCGGCCCAGGCAAAGGUGCAGGAGCAGAAGUGCACAGGCGCCUUUCCAAGCCUUGGUGGACGCCACCCCUGCCAUCAUUCUGGUGGCCAAAGCAGUCGCAUGGCCAACUCGGCAUCGAGGGGCAGGGAAGUGGACCCUCCCCUGCAGUGACAGGAGCUGCACAGUGGCCGGUGAGGGCCCGGCAUUCAGGGAGGGGUGAGGACCUGGUUGGUACAGUCUGCAACUUCCACCGGGGAUCUUGGUCCAAAUAACAUCCUUCUCUCACCCUCUCAAGCAGCAGAGCAUCCACGCAUUAUCACUGCAAUUCCUUGUGCCUUUGGGCUGCCGUUGCCGGGGGGGUGGGGGGGGUGUCCCAGGGAUCCUCUCACUUUGGAGGGUCCUGGGGCAUAGCAUUCAUUCUGGAUCCCCCAGUCCCACAGCCACCCAAGACCCCGUUCCAAGUGCCCCCCCCCCCCCCCCCGCUUCACUCUCCCACCUUGCACCCCUGUGGGCUGGGCUGGGCCCCCGUGAGAUCUGUGCCUCUCGGAGCAGCCAGCAUCUUGGAACCCGAAGGACCCGCUGCUCUGGAGGGCAUGGAGAAGGCCCGCCCCUUGCACGGCUCCCUUAAUCUGGAUGCAAUUAGAGGAAACCAGCCAAAAACCCUGCGGCAGCUGUUGCCCCAGGAUUAUUCCCAGCCAGCAAAAGGCAUUAGGGUGAUAAUUCAGUCAUUAGACGUGGAGCCUGCCCACCGCCAGGGCGUGCAGAUGUGGGGCAGUCAGCCUGGCGCGGCCGUCCUCCGUGAUGCUGCUCAUUUAACCCAUUUUUUAAAAUGACACAUAAUGUUAUUGGCCGGUGUGCGUGUGCACGCAUACUUAAAAGUUUCUCCCCCCCGCUGCUCUCUGUGCUGCUGUUACACGGUGUCGUUGGAGCCUCUGGGGAGAGGGCACUUGUGAUGCGUAGGUGCUGGCACGGAAGAGGCAGCACGGAGGGGGCUCGCCGGCCCAGCGGGGCCCGGGAGGGCAGGGGACGCACAAGCUGGGGACACGGUGGGCUUGGGGUCUGGUUAGGUGCAGAGGGGAGCAGUGUGCUCUUCCAGAAGGUUCCAACUCAGGUCCGAGCCAGGAAGACUUGGAACUCACAAGUCUUGGGAAUCAGUGUCCCUGAGCCAAUUCGAGAGGGAGGGGUGGAUGGGCAGGGUGGGAGGAGCCCCGCCCGCCUCUGCAGAGGAGGAGAGUCUGCAGUGCUGAGGGCAUGGCUCCAUCAGCAGCUCGGUCUGGGCGCAUCAGCAGGCAGCACCAUGUUGUCCUUUGAGUUUUCCCUAAGAGCCCCGCCUGAACCGCGCUGGCGGCAGGAGCUGAACAGGAUAAAGAUGCUGGUCCUGAAACUGGGGUUCCCCCUGGGCUAAGAGGCAGUAGCUGGCAGAGGUCCCCCAUCUCCGACCUUGGAUGGGUGGACAUAGGAAAUGGGGCAAAGACGGUGGACUAUGGUAGGGGCCUCAGGCUCUCCCCUCGGCUUUUGUGAGGUCCCUCUGAGCUCUCUUGUCUGUUCUUGUCUGGUAGAAAUAACUUAGCACAACCAGAGGCACCCACAUCUAGAAUAUACAACUAUGUACUGGGGGGCUUUGGAGAGAAGAAAAGAAAAAAGAAGAUUGGCAACAGUUGUUAGCUCAGGUGCCAAUCUUUAAAAAAAAAAAAAGAACGAACUUGGAGGGGGCAGCCCCCAGGGUGAUGAAAAUCUGCUCAUGCCUGUGCCCUGCCUCUCAGAAAGCCUCCAGCUUCCAUCCCGCCACCUCUCCCCCCACAGGGAGGCUGGAAGGCGUCAGGGACAGCUGGGUUCACCGAGCAAAGGGAAGGAAGCCUCUUCCCAUCUGUGCCCAGCAGAGGCUCCUGAAGGCCACGCUGCCCCAGAGGAGGGAGGCCCCCCAGGAAAACCACACAUGUGCGGCCUGGCCAGAGGACCCACGACUGGCCUCGAGCCACGAGGGAGCCCACAGGCCUGGCGUGAGGCUGGGCACUUCCCCCAGAGACCCCGGGGAACCAGACAGCCCCGGAUCCCAUUAGCCUGCGUUCCUAAGCCAGGCAGCAGGGCCCUCCUUGCAGUGAAAGCUUUCUGCCCCUUGGUGUCCUUGGCUCAGAGGGAACUGCCCAGAACGAAACAGCUCGUUUCCCCAAAGUUGUGAAGCCUGAGAACAGUGUGUGAAGGGGGAGGACACUCCCCCAGAGUCAGGGGCCUGUUUCUGUCCCACCCUGACCCUCCCGGGUCCCUGGCCCUCCCCAGCCUCCAUUUCCUCGUCCAUGCAAUGAGAAUGACGAUGCCCACCCUGCCCCCCUCAUAGCACGGCGGGGACUUCGUCCAUGUAAAAGCGGAUGUGGGGAUGGUUUACCAAGCCCCAGCGACCUCACCUACCACUCAGGGAAGUGACCACUCACCUUGACCUUGACCUUGGCCUUCAGCAGCCUUGUCUGAGAUGGGGUGUGCUCCAACCUCGAGAGCUCUCCCUGGUUUGAGAGUCAGCAAACCCGCUCCCUUCCACACGGCCACCUAGCUGCGUGUCCCCAGCCAAGGGGGAACCUCUCUGUGCCUCUUCUUUAAGAUUCACCCCAUGCCACCCCACUCCUGCCACCAAGAAGAAUCAGCCAUGAACCAUGACCUCAGCAACCCUGCGAGGUGUGUGUCUGUGUGUACGUGGGCGUGCAAGGCUCUGCCACAGGGCCAUGGUGGUGCCCUUGAGGUCUUACCUCUCAGCUGUGGAAACAGCCAAACUGGCCUCCUGGAUCAGCACCGUGGAGCCCAGGAGGGGGGGGCGUCCCUGGGCCUGUGGGGAGCAGGGCGGGGGUGCAGACAGCCUGCUGUCCUCUGGCCCUUGAAACACGUCGUGCUGAAUUUCUAGGUAGGAAGGUGACAUUUCAGGUUCAAAGAGAGAUCAAGUCACAUGGCCAUCUUCUCUCCAGCACCUUUGGCUUAAAGAGAACAGGUGUUUGUUGUUUAAAGAGAACACAAUGAAAUUUCACCACUACCAAGAGAUUACUGACGUCCAUGGCAAGCAAUUUGUUCUCUGUAUUUUGUUUUGUUUCUUAAGUCGCUUACCCACCAGUCAGGCCCUGCACGUCCUGGACUAGUCGCUGUGACCCCUGCUAGCCGUGGCCCCAACGUGCUUCCGGCUCCCAUGGAUUCCAUCUCAAACGGAAUAAAAUUGUAUUGACAACAAA